CCACUCAUCCAUCCCCGUGACUAAAUAAACAUCAUGUUGUCCCACUUCACAUUUCUUCAUUCUCAGUGAAAGAAAGGCAAGUUCAGUGGCUGCAUUUCUCAGUUCAUUCAAUGGCCAAACUAACCAUGAGGCUUCAACUACUGAUGAAGCUCUUCAACACUGUCGUCGGAAUGGCCGGAUUCUUUAUGGUGGCGUAUGGUGUAUGGCUCAUCAAAGUCUGGCAGAGUGACAUUGAACCCUAUUCUUAUCAUCAUCAAACUUCAAUUCCAUGGUUUAUACAUGCUUUUAUUGGGUUGGGAAUCAGCUCUUGUGCCAUCUCAUGCCUUGGCCACUUUGCGGCUCACACUGCUGACUCAAAUUUACUCUCUUAUUAUGUGUCUCUUAUGUCUUUGCUUCUACUUCUAGAGAUUGCUACUAUGACAGACAUGUUCCUCAGUUUUGCAUGGCUUAAGGACAUAACGAACGAUCCAACAGGAGGAUUCGACAAAUUUAAAGAUUUUGUCGAGGCGAGUUUGGAUAUCUGCAGAUGGGAGGGAGUGUUCAUUGUUCUGGCACAGGUUGUAUCAAUCUUGUUGGCCAUUGUUAUGAGAAUCCAAGACACAGACCUGGGAAAUUACUAUGUCCUUGAACAUGAUUCAGCUCCUUAUACAUCUUACAUUUCUCCUGGACAUGGACUCUAUUUGGCUUAGUUUGUGUAGUUAUUGUUGCAAUGUGAUUUGGAGAUGAAUGGGCAGAAUAUGAAGACUGUGCAAGGGAAAGUUUCUAUGCAUUCUGUAAUUACAAUUGAUGAUGUUCUCAGAGAAAUAUGUUUAAAACUUGCCUGCCAAUGUCCUUGUAACAAUUCUAGUAAAUGUUUCAGUUAUAUCAAGCUGGUGCUACUGCAGAUGAUUAAUGUAAUAUUCAAGAGAUAUCUUUAAGCCUUCCCUGCAAA